AUGAGUGCAAAGAAGCGGAAGUAUCUUAACGAAUAUAUUCGAACUGGAUUCGUGUCUCUCCAAAAGGGUGACACAGAGGUCCCUCAGUGUGUGAUGUGUUACAAGACUCGGAGCAAUGAUGGAAUGCGGCCCUUUCGCUUGGAACGCCACUUGAGGACAACACAUCCUGUUCUAGCUGACAAGCUCAAGGCAUUCUUUGAAACAAAAAGACACUCCUUGAAGCAAGUUAAGUUGGACGGCAGUAGGGCAUUUCGACAACAAACUUCUAAGGUUGUUGAGGCUUCCUAUGAGAUCGCCAUGUUGAUUGCAAAGAGCAAGAAGAGCCAAAACAUCGGAGAGUUUCUCAUAAAACCAAGCAUACUCCGUGCAGCAGAACUCGUUCUGGGGAAAGAUAGUGCAAACAAGCUUUCCCAAAUUUCACUAUCAAACGAUUCAGUCAAGGGAAGGAUCGAUGAAUUGUCUCAAGACAUCAAAGAUCAAAUUCUCGACCAAGAUGAAACUCCAACUAUGUUCCAGCCCGCAACCCCCGGCUUACCUGUAAAGUGGCCGCUAAUUGGUCACCAGGUGUCAGGAUAUUUCAGUACCAAUGCUUCCUUAGUUUCUAACAAAGGCAACAACUUUUAA